AUUGGGCCAGUAGUAGAGGCCCAUGCUUCAUGGACGGAACGGCUGCACUGCUUCUGCUUCUGCUCUUCCUCUCCGGCGCCCUCCUCUGUCUCCGGCGCCGCCCAGCUGCGGCGAGCCGCAACCACUGCCCCCACCCAAACCCCGUCCUCGGCAACGCCGUGCCCUUCCUCCGCAACCGCCACCGCUUCCUCGACUGGGCCACCGACCUCCUCGCCGCCGCCCCGACCUCCACCAUCGAGGUGCGCGGCCCCCUCGGCCUCGGCCGCGGCGUCGCCACCGCCAACCCGACCGUCGUCCACCACUUCCUGCGUUGCAACUUCCCCAACUAUGUCAAGGGCGACCGCUUCGCCGUCCCCUUCGGGGACCUCCUCGGCCGUGGCCUCUUCGUCGCCGACGGCCGCCUGUGGAGCCUCCAGCGGAAGCUCGCCUCCUACUCCUUCUCCUCCCGAUCGCUCCGCCGCUUCUCGGCGCGCGUCCUCCGCGCACACCUCCACCGCCGGCUCGUCCCUUUGCUCGCCGCCGCCGCCGCCGCGGGCUCUGGCGAGGCCGUUGACUUGCAAGACGUGUUCAAGCGCUUCGGCUUCGACAACAUCUGCAACGUCGCGUUCGGCGUCGAGAGCUCGACGCUGCUUGAGGGAGGGGAUCCCCGGCAUGCGGCGUUCUUCGCGGCGUUCGAUGACGCCGUCGAGAUCUCCGUCGCGCGGGUGUUCCAACCGACGACGUUGGUCUGGAAGGCGAUGAAGCUCGCCAACGUCGGGAGCGAGCGGCGGAUGCGCGACGCCAUCAGGGUCAUCGACGAGUACGUCAUGGCGAUCGUGGCGUCGGAGGAGCGCCUCCACGGGGAGGGCGACCACAAGCACGAGCAGCACCUCCUGUCGCGGUUCGCGGCGUCCAUGGAGGAAGAGGGCGGGGAGCUCGGCGCGAUGUUCGAGUCGCCGGAAGCGAAGCGCCGGUUCCUGCGCGACGUCGUGGUGAGCUUCGUGAUGGCCGGGAAGGACUCGACGUCGUCCGCCCUGACGUGGCUCUUCUGGCUCCUCGCCGCCAACCCGCGCUGCGAGCGGCGCGUGUACGAGGAGGUGUCGCGGUACGGGGACGACCGCCGCGCCGACGCCGGAGGAGACGGCGACGGGUACGACGAGCUGAAGCGGAUGCAAUACCUCCACGCCGCCAUCAGCGAGGCGAUGCGGUUGUACCCGCCGGUGCCAAUCGACUCACGCGUGGCGGCCGCGGCCGACGUGCUGCCGGAUGGCACGACGGUGCAGGCCGGGUGGUUCGCCGACUACUCGGCCCACGCGAUGGGGAGGAUGCCGCGGCUGUGGGGGGACGACUGCCUCGAGUUCCGCCCGGAGCGGUGGCUGAACGACGGCGGCGAGUUCGUGCCGGUGGACGCGGCGAUGUACCCGGUCUUCCACGCGGGGCCCCGAGCGUGCCUCGGGAGGGAGAUGGCGUACGUUCAGAUGAAGGCCGUGGCGGCCGCCGUGAUCAGGAGGUUCGAGGUGGAGCCAGUCCAGGCGCCGGCGAGCAUGGAAGCGCCACCGGCGUGCGAGGUGACAACGACGCUGAGGAUGAAGGGCGGACUACUGGUGCGGAUCAGGAAGCGGGAUGACGCCGUAGCUCAUCAGCACGUGACUUGAUGAACAUGAUAAUCAAUUAAACAAUUCCAACCAUGUUGAACCACUCUUGUUUUUAAAUUCUCCCGUAAUUCGGGUAGCUUCACAGAAAUAAAAUAUUAAAUAUAAUUUUAGUACUCCCGUGGAGUUUUUAUUUA